GUGUUCGGACCAGCUUGCUUGCACCUCCGCUAAUUCUAGCGGGUGAGAUUUCCUCAAUAUUGUCUUAUGUUCAUCCAGUUAGCAUAUUUUGGCGAACGGAGUGGUUCACUACUCUAGGACCUUCUUGACAAAUGACAACUAUGCCAAAAAUUUAUAUUUGGACAUGGGUCAUGAUUUGGUAAUCACUAGGUGCCUCAAAACACUACCUAACGCAUUCCUGGAUGAUGCUAUUCUUUGCAAAUGGCUUGUUGUUGGUGUGAUCAAUAUGCACGUUAGCUGUUCGAUGAAAUUCCUCUGUCACGUAAAGUCUCUAUGGAUUGGCUGCUUUGAUGGGAUUCAUGUAGGUGUUAGACGAAAGGUUUAUUCCAUGGUUUGGUAGUGUUCCCUAUGUCUCUACUGAACUGACGUGCAGUAGUAGCCAUUUGAUCAUGUAUGAGUGAAGUGAAGGAACCCAUUUUCUAUGCUGCAAACUAGGUUCAAUAUUCUAAUUUAGGGGCUGAUGAGGAGGUGGACUGAUUCUUGGUCAGCUCUUGUAUCACAUUAAUAUUUGACGCUUCAAAGUUCUGAAACUUGAACAUAUUGGAUGCUUACGUUUGAUACUUGACUUAUGGAUGACCAUACUGAACAGCCUCUUCCACCUGGGGUUCUUUCUACAACACAUUCUUCACCACUUGUGCCAACUUUGAAUCCUGCUGGACAUUUGCCCCAGUCCUUUCAGAAAACUGCUAAUUCUCAUUACCGUGCUGGCAACAGCGAUGGAACGCUUUUCCCUGUGGUCGCUUCUGAUCAACCUUGCUCUGAAUCUUUUCGUACCUCUGAACACGGGUCUUCUGAGGCUAUAUUUAAUACUUCACCAUCCAUUUUGGAAUCUGUUAAUGGAUUGAAGUUGCAGCCACAAAGUAUUAAUGAUCUUGAGAGUGCUGCUCAGAAUGCUGUUUUGCAUGAACAGGAACUUUCUGCACAAAAAGUAAUACAAAGUCAGAGAGAAGCAAGGGAUGCAAGUGGACCUAAGGAUAAUUCAGAUAUUUUCUCUGGUCGUCAUGACCCAAAUGCUAUAAAGGAGCAUUUACUCCAAAUGACGGCAGAGCAUCGUAUACAAAUGGCCUUAAAGCGUGGAAAGUCAACACAGCCUGAGCAAGGUAAUGUAGAAAUUGGAAAUGGAUAUGGAGUGCCAGGUGGAGGUGCUUACUACAGUGCCUCAAGUACCGAUGUCUUGAUUUCCAAGACAAGUACAAUAACUGGUAUUAGAACAAAUCAUCAUGGUACAGAUCCUAAUGGGGGUUCUGAACAUAAUUCCGUUGGUAAAGAGUUGCCUGAAUACCUCAAGCAGAAGUUGAAGGCCCGAGGUAUUCUGAAAGAUGAUUCAAAAAUAGAGAACCAUGGCAUAUCAAUCAAUAGCUCAAAGGCACAAUCAUCAAAGACAUCAGAUGCCACUCUGCCUGUGGGAUGGAGCGAAGUCAGGGACCCUACAAGUGGUGCUUUAUAUUAUUAUAAUGGAAGUUCUGGGAAAAGUCAGUGGGAAAGACCUAUUGAGGCUCCUGCACAAGUUUCAGGGGUGUGUUCGGGACUUCCUGAAUAUUGGCAGGAGGUUCUUGAUGAAACAACUGGUCAAAAAUUUUACUAUAACUCACAGACUAAUGUAUCACAAUGGGAACGUCCUUCUACACCACAACAGGUUGCCAUUCCGCACCAUGAUAGAGCAGUCGCCAACAAUGCAACUAAUGUAACUUGGGUUGGCCAAGCUUCCACAUUCCAGAGAUGCCUUGAAUGUGGUGGAUGGGGUGUGGGCCUUGUACAGUCAUGGGGUUACUGCAAACAUUGCACUCGAGUUCUCAAGCUUCCUCAAAGCCAGUAUCUGUCAGAAAAUGUGGAGAGACAACAGCAAACUUCUGGGGAUGCAGGUGCCUCAGAAGGCUCUGACAAAAAGUUUCAGCGGCAGAGGUCUAGUUUCAAUCCACCACCGAGUAAAAGCAACAAAAGAGACAAACGGAAACGCACAUAUGAUGAGGAUGACGAAUUGGAUCCCAUGGAUCCAAGCUCUUAUUCAGAUGCUCCUAGGGGUGGUUGGGUUGUAGGUCUCAAAGGAGUGCAACCACGGGCAGCAGAUACCACUGCAACGGGUCCUCUCUUUCAGCAGCGCCCUUACCCAUCUCCUGGAGCAGUCUUGCGUAAAAAUGCUGAAAUUGCUUCUCAAAGGAAAAAUACUAAGUCGCACCUUACCCCUAUAUCCAAGAGAGGUGAUGGUAGUGAUGGACUCGGUGACGCUGAUUGAAGAAUUUAAGUCAUUGUGUCUUAUUUAUUUGCUUAAAGAAGAUUCACAGAAAGGGAACUUUUCCAAUUGAAGUUGCUGUAUGGCAAGGCACUAAACAUUAUCACAUUCUAAUAGUAGAGGCUGUAAGAUCAAGCAUGGAUGAAUGUUCUUCUCGAAAUUCCUAAAGAGUUCCAUCCAAAAAUGCAAUAGGCGCAGAAGACUUCCAUACUUCAUAAACAGGGACUGCUUUUAGGAGCAUAGGCCGGCAGCUGUAUAGAAAGCUAUUAGUUGUAAUCCUAUAAAUAUUUGGCAUACCCUUUUUGUAACGAGAGUAUUGAGUAGUCGAGAAAGAGAUGUUAUGAAGGGAGAAAAAUUGAAUUCUCUAUAGUAGUCUACACUUCUGCAGGAUCAGGGAGUUAAAACAUUUUGAUCCUACUGAGUUUUCACUUCUCUCAUCUAGUUUGUUUCACUAUGUUAUUCCAAAAAGGAAGCUUUAACAUGGUU